AUGAUCCUGUCACCACUGGGCUACGCCCAGGAGGAGCAGCUGAAGGAAGGAGAGGAAAUAAAAGAAGAGGAGGAAGAGGAGGACAGUGGUUCGGUAGCUCCGCUUCAGGGCAGCAAUGACCCGGGGACAGAUGAGGAGCUAGAAACAGGCCCCGAGCAGAAAGGCUGCUUCAGCUACCAGAACUCUCCGGGAAGCCACCUGUCCAAUCAGGACGUGGAGAACGAGUCUCUGCUGAGCGAUGCCAGCGAUCAGGUGUCGGACGUCAAGAGCGUCUGCGGUCGAGACGCCGCGGACAAGAAAGCCAGCGCGCACCCCAAGCCUCCCAACGAAAGCCACAACUGCAUGGAUAAAAUGACCGCCGUCUACGCCAACAUCCUGUCCGACUCCUACUGGUCGGGCCUGGGCCUCGGCUUCAAGCUGUCCGGCGGCGAGAGGCGGCCCUGCGACCCGCGCAACGGCAGCAGCAAGACCGACUUCGACUGGCAUCAGGACGCGCUGUCCAAAAGCCUGCAGCAGAACUUGCCUUCCCGAUCCGUGGGGAAGCCCAGCCUGUUCAGCUCAGUGCAGCUGUACCGGCAGAGCGGCAAGAUGUGCGGGUCGGCAUUCACCGGGGCCAGCCGGUUCCGGUGCCGGCAGUGCAGCGCCGCCUACGACACCCUGGUGGAGCUGACCGUGCACAUGAAUGAGACGGGCCACUACCAAGACGACAACCGCAAAAAGGACAAGCUGAGACCCACAGGCUACUCCAAGCCCCGGAAACGGGCUUUCCAGGAUAUGGACAAGGAGGAUGCUCAGAAGGUUCUGAAAUGCAUGUUCUGUGGCGACUCCUUCGACUCCCUCCAAGAUUUGAGCGUCCACAUGAUAAAAACAAAACAUUACCAAAAAGUGCCUUUGAAGGAGCCAGUGCCCACCAUUUCGUCGAAAACAGUCACCCCGGCCAAGAAGCGCGUCUUCGACGUCAACCGACCUUGCUCCCCCGACUCGACCACGGGCUCGUUUGCGGAGUCGUUCUCCUCUCAGAAGACGGCCGGCCUGCAGCUGUCGUCCAACAACCGCUACGGCUACCAGAACGGCGCCAGCUACACCUGGCAGUUUGAGGCCUGCAAGUCCCAGAUCCUCAAGUGCAUGGAGUGUGGCAGCUCCCACGACACCCUGCAGCAGCUCACCACCCACAUGAUGGUCACGGGGCACUUUCUCAAGGUCACCAGCUCUGCCUCCAAGAAAGGGAAGCAGCUGGUGUUGGACCCGCUGGCCGUGGAGAAAAUGCAGGCUUUGUCGGACGCCCCAAACAGCGAUUCGCUGGCUCCCAGGCCGUCAGGUGACUCUGCCUCUGACCGUGCGGCCUCUACAACCGAGCCGAAGAGAGAGAGCAAAAAGGAAAAACCGGAGGAGAUCAGCAAGAACGAGAAAGUCCUGAAGAGCGAGGAGUACGAAGACGCUCUCCAGAAGCCGUUAGACCCUACAAUGAAGUAUCAGUAUCUAAGGGAGGAGGAUUUGGAAGACGGCUCCAAGGGCGGAGGGGACAUUUUGAAGUCGUUGGAAAACACCGUCACCACGGCCAUCAACAAAGCCCAGAACGGGGCUCCCAGCUGGAGCGCGUACCCCAGCAUCCACGCGGCCUAUCAGCUGUCGGAGGGCUCCAAGCCUGCCCUGCCCUUGGGAUCCCAGGUCCUGCAGAUUCGCCCUAACCUCACCAACAAGCUGAGGCCAAUUGCCCCAAAGUGGAAAGUAAUGCCACUGGUCUCUGUGCCCACCAACCUGGCCCCAUACACUCAAGUGAAGAAGGAGCCAGACGACAAAGACGAGGUCGCGAAGGAGUGUGGGAAAGAAAGUCCCCAGGAAGAGGCCUCACCUUUCAGCCACUGCGACGGGGAUGCUUUCUCCAAGAGCGAAACCCCUUCCGAGUCCAAGAAGGCUGAGCCUUGUCUCCUGAAGGAGGAGGCCAGGCUGGUGGAGGAGGGCGGCGAGCCCGAGAAACGCCCGCCCCUCGAGCCAGCGCACUCCCUCAGCAACGGGUGCGCCCUGCCCACGCGUGCCCCGGCCCUGCCAUGCAUCAACCCACUCAGCGCCCUGCAGUCCGUCCUGAACAAUCACCUGGGCAAGGCCACGGAACCCCUGCGCUCCCCUUCCUGCUCCAGCCCAAGCUCAAGCACAAUGUCGAUGUUCCACAAGUCGAGCCUCGGCGUCAUGGACAAGCCGGGCUUGAGUCCUGCCCCCACGCGACCGGCCAGCGUGUCCAGGCGCUACCUGUUCGAGAGCAAUGAUCAGCCCAUCGACCUGACCAAGUCCAAGAGCAAGAAAGCCGAGUCCUCGCAAGCACAAUCCUGUACGUCCCCACCUCAGAAGCACGCCCUGUCUGACAUCGCCGACAUGGUCAAGGUCCUCCCCAAGGCCACCACCCCAAAGCCCGCCGCUUCCUCGCGGGGCACCCCCAUGAAGCUGGAAAUGGAUGUCAGGCGCUUUGAGGACGUCUCCAGCGAGGUCUCGACCCUGCAUAAGAGGAAGGGCCGGCAGUCCAACUGGAACCCUCAGCACCUCCUGAUCCUACAAGCGCAGUUCGCCUCGAGUCUGUUCCAGACGUCCGAGGGCAAGUACCUGCUGUCCGACCUGGGCCCUCAAGAGCGAAUGCAAAUCUCAAAGUUCACGGGGCUCUCGAUGACCACGAUCAGCCACUGGCUGGCAAACGUCAAGUACCAACUUCGGAAAACGGGCGGGACGAAGUUCCUGAAAAACAUGGACAAAGGACACCCCGUCUUUUAUUGCAGUGACUGUGCCUCCCAGUUUAGAACCCCUUCCACCUACAUCAGCCACCUGGAGUCGCACCUGGGUUUCCAAAUGAAGGACAUGACCCGCAUGGCGGUAGAACAGCAAGGCAAGGCGGAGCAAGAGAUCUCGCGGGUGUCGUCGGCUCAGAGGUCUCCGGAAACCGUAGCUGGCGAAGAGGACACAGACUCUAAGUUCAAGUGUAAGUUGUGCUGUCGGACAUUUGCGAGCAAACACGCAGUAAAACUCCACCUGAGCAAAACGCACGCCAAGUCACCCGAACACCACUCUCAGUUUGUCACAGACGUGGACGAGGAAUAG